CCGUCGAAGAUCAAAAUCCCGUCCCUUGGACGGUCGUUACAAGAAGAUCGAAUCGACGGAACCUUCGAAGAUGAAAAUCCCGGACAGCCCCUCGUCGCGGGAACGCGCGCGAAUAAUGUCAACCGGCGGAGCAGCAGCAGCGCCUGAGCCUGCCGGGGGCGGCAGAAGUGUAAUUUAUUUGGAAUAUUAAGGCCCGCGCGCAUUGUAAAUUGACUGACUUUAUGCACUGCAAAAGUAUCGUACUAGUAGAAAUCGCAUUACAAAUUCGGUCAGCAUGACAAAUGAAAUUUGUCAUGCUGUUUUUCCUUGGUAUGGAGAUUUGUAAUGCAUGACUGCGAUUACUACGAGUACGAUACUUUUGCACAGGAUAGACUUUUGACUAUGCUUGAAGAUCUUCGUCGCGAACUGUUCUUCGGAAGAUCGGUGACCCAGUAAGAGGACAUCGUAUUCCCUGAAAAUUAACCAUCCCCAUCCACUUUUUGCAUGACAAACACAGACUUUACUAUAUGUCUUGCAUGACAAAUUGGAUGGGGAUGGUUGAUUUUCAGGGAAUACAUCGACAUCAAAGCGCAUUCAAACUUUCUAUGCAAAUCAUUUCUUUUUCACCACCCAAAUGACGAUGAACAUACUUGCGGUUGCGACACGCACACAUAAUGUUGAGCCGUCGCAAAUUUUGUGUAUGUUUUUAUCUCGACAUCAUGAUCCUAGUGGCGGUCGUGUUUUGAAAUUGGUAGUUGCGACAUCCUCGUCCUGGCGGUCGUGUUUAUUCGACAUCACCUGGCGGACGCGACGAAUCCGUUUUGAAAUUGGUAGUUUUUUGAAAACAGAAGUCCACAAGGGUUGUUGUAUUUUUAACAUGCAAGUGUGCCACCUAUCUAUGCAUUUUUUUUUUGAACAGGUCGACAGGGGUCGAAGUCGAAUAGUUUGAACAUACUUGCUACAGGCAGUUUUACUAUAAGCUGAUGCAAAUUUUGUGUAUGUUCGAAUCUUUCGCGUGUUUAGUUUAGCAUCGGCCCGUGCGUAGCAUUGCUAGCUAGCAAGCGCCUGUGCAUCUGAACGCCAAAUUUUUUUUUUCAUCACCCAAAUGACGAGGAACAUACUUGCUACGCGCAUGCAUAAUGUUGAGCCGUCGCAAAUUUUGUGUAUGUUUAUUCGACAUCCUGGGCAAAUCUUUUUUUUUUUCAUCACCCAAAUGAACAUACUUGCCACACGCACGCAUAACGUUGAGCCGUCGCAAAUUUUGUGUAUGUUUAUUCGACAUGAUCCUGGCGGUCGUGUUUAAGUGCCUUGUCUUCCCGCUCGCUAGAAGUAGAAAGUAACCAACCAAGAAAAGAUCGAGCGGAAAAUUGGUACACAGACGACCAGAGCAAAUUGUAGGCAACGAAUCGGAUUGGCCCCUCGUUGACCGAGCAAGAACUCGAAUGUUGAUGCACAAGACCACGGUUGCAAGAUGCAACGCGAUUGUUUUGUUAGACAUCUACUCCCAACAAGGAAACGGAAAAACUGCAUCUACUUUCACAAGAGCAUCUUCCUAUGCUCCUGUUGAGAGCUGCGCGA